CUAACUAGUAAUAAAUUACAAUAUGCUACGGAAUACUAUUGUGUUAAUAAUUAUCUCGUUAUUUUUAUGUCUAACAUUUAACUAUACAUUUCCUCUGCAUAGGAAAUCAUAUCGGAGAUAUGCAAAUGACACGAAUAUUUGGCACAUUCAUCAAAAUCAUGGGAACAUAAUGGAUAGAAGCAAGAAAAUGGCGUCCAACAUAGAAAACGUGAUCCGAAAAAUCAAAGAUACUACACAAGAUUUGGGUAAAAAUAUUUAUGAUCACAUUAGCCCCAAAAUUCCAGUUAAAUACAUAUUAAGUGACGAAGAUUUACGACAAUAUGAACAGCUAGUUAUUAUGAAAAAAUAUCCUUAUUUGGAUCUAAAAGAAAAAGAAAUGAAAUUAAGUCCCACCAGUAAAAAUGCCCGACAAAACAACCUUGGUUUACAUCCUGAGGCUAACAUAAACGAUCCGAGCAUUUGUGAACCAAAUGAUGAUUCUAUUAAUGUUGAAAUAAUAAAUCGUGGAUUAUCUGGAGUGGCCAUUCCAAGUAAAAACCCCAAUACAUUACAAGUUUCAAUAAAUAACAACUUUUAUGAGAAUGCGAAAAUUAAUGCUGGUGAAAAAGAUUCAGAAUUUACGUUACACAGUUUAAAUAAUGAUGUUAAUGAAUUUUUAAAGCGAAAGGGUUUUGAAACAUCUUAA